UGGAUUAAUAUGACGUUAGUGCCCGUAAUCGCGGGGGGGUCUGUGCGUGGCGUUUUGGUUGAAGGGGUUGAUUCCGACUUAUUAUUGCGCGCGCCCCAUGUUUCAGUAACUCGAAAUCUUACGGUCGUGCAAGGCCACGCGCUCAAUUGCCUUAUAUGUCCUCGGAAGGCUGAAUGAAUUUCCAGUGCUGACCCGUUGGCUCGUACGGGCUCUACCACAGCUCUCUGAUUCCGCCUCCUUUUGCCAACUCACGAUCGACAAAAAAGCAACUCAAACAUGAAGUUUGCCAAGGAACUGGAGCGAGACCUCGUUCCUGAGUGGCGGCUCAAGUAUCUCGACUAUAAAAUAGGAAAGAAGAAACUCAAAGCGAUCACUCGGGCGCUGCGUACCGUUAACCAAACGCCUCGUCUCCGUCUACGUAGCACAAAUACGUUCACACCCUCACCGUUCGAAUCAGCUCCACAAUACUCCUUCGUGAACCGCGGUCAUAGUGCGCAGAAUCCCAGUGAUGUACAUGAUUCGGGUGACCUCAGGGCUAUAGCUAUACAGAGGAGCCGAAGCCGAAGCCAGACUAGCAAUGCAAACCCGAUUCGCAAUCACUCGCCUCAGCCGCAUGAGGAACAGCCACUCAAUGGAGGUCAGGAUGGGUCACAACCUAAGAUGACAAGAUAUGGAAGCAUACUUGGAAGCCCGCCCAAUUUUGAUAAGCUGGGCAAUAAGGCGCACGGGAAAGCACCGUCUCUGAAACUGCCCGUUGCUGCACUCGAGCUUGAACCGUCGAUAUCGCUGGGUGACUCUGGGACAAAAGUGCGCGAUAGACCGAAAUCGAUACGGUUACCUGCACCUGCGGAAGAUGCUUUCAAGGUUGGAAAGACUCGCUCGCCCCAGAAACAGCAUCAUUCUCUGUCGUCGAGGUACAAAAGUGUAUUUAGCCCUAAGAGGGUCAAUUCUACGCCUGCGUCUCCCGUUACCGAACAACCACGGCCACUAUUCAAGCGUGUGUUUUCCAUGACCACCAAAGGCGCUCCACCGAACGAUCCCGAUUUACCCCUUCAAGCCUAUCGUGAGCUUGACAUUCGACAAGCUGAGUUCUUUCAUUUCUUGGAUAUGGAACUUGAAAAGGUGGAAACGUUCUACAAGCAGAAGGAGGACGAAGCGACGGAGCGGAUGAAGGUACUGAGAGAGCAGCUACAUAUCAUGCGAGACUGUCGGCUCGACGAAAUCAUCACGAAACAAACAAAUAAGAUUCGCGCUAAAGAGGCAAAGAAGCACGCCGCUAAUGGCGGCGGUCUACUUUCCGGCCAUAACGACGAUUCUGACGAUGAGACUACAAAUCACAAAGCAAAAGGGCACUCCUGGUUCGACCCACUCGACUCUGCGCUCGACUCUGCGCUCCAGGCUGUUCAGGCAGGCCGUCACGGAAAAGCAACAAAGGCAAUGACCAAUCUUGCUAGCCCGACAGGCCUGAUGCCUCAGGGCCGCCCUGAAGAUCAUCGCGAUUACACUCGUCGCCCGGAAGUUGCAGAUGUAUCGUACCAAUCCGCAAGAAGGAAACUUAAAGUGGCCCUACAAGAAUACUACCGAGGCUUAGAAUUACUCAAGUCUUAUUCCUUGCUGAAUCGCACAGCAUUCCGCAAGAUCAACAAAAAGUAUGACAAGACCGUGAAUGCACGCCCUACCAUGCGAUACAUGAACGAAAAAGUAAACCAAGCCUGGUUCGUACAGAGCGAUGUCGUCGAGGGUCACAUACGGGCGAUUGAAGACCUUUACGCUCGGUAUUUUGAAAAGGGCAAUCAUAAGGUGGCUGUAGGAAAACUUCGAAUCAAGAUUGCUCGAGCAGGCGACUUCACCGAGAAUUCUUUCCGGAACGGCUUGUUCCUCGCAGCUGGCCUCGUCUUUGGAGGAGAGGGCGUUGUCUAUGGGGCCCAGCUUCUUUGGUCUGAUGAUGAACGUCUUGCUGUCGACACGAGUUAUCUAUUGCAGAUUUACGCCGGCUACUUCCUCAUGAAUUUCUUAUUUCUACUGUUCUGCCUGGCGUGCCGGGUAUGGCAUGAAUCCAAGAUUAACUACGUCUUCGUCUUCGAAUAUGAUGUCCGCCACCAUCUGGAUUGGAGGCAACUUAGCGAACUUCCAUGCUUCUUUAUGUUUCUUUUAGGCUUUUUUAUAUGGCUUACUUUUCACCAAUUCGGCAGUGAAACCAUGUAUUACUACUACCCGGUGAUACUGUUGGCCAUUACUUUCUUAAUCAUCAUUUGUCCAUUCCGCAUUAUAUACUACCGCAGUCGGUUGUGGCUACUUUAUUCUUUGGUAGGUCAAAGCUGAUACUGCUCUCUGCGCUCUGAUCUGACACUACUAGUGGCGCCUCCUCCUUGCUGGUCUAUAUCCCGUCGAGUUUAGAGAUUUCUAUCUUGGAGAUAUGUUCUGUUCCCUGACAUAUUCUAUGGGCAACAUCGAGCUGUUCUUCUGCCUUUUCGCCCGCAAUUGGAAUGACCCUGCCCAAUGCAAUUCUUCACAUUCGCGACUCCUUGGAUUCUUCGCUACGCUUCCAGGCAUAUGGCGUGCUCUGCAGUGUAUACGGCGUUACUACGACACACGUAAUGUCUUUCCUCAUCUCGUCAAUUGUGGAAAAUACACUGCGACGAUCGUCUUUUAUAUCACCUUAAGCAUGUACCGCAUUGAUAGAUCCACAACCAACCGGGCUUUGUUCAUCACAUUUGCUGUCAUAAACUCGGUAUAUACCAGUAAGUUC